CUCUCAGUCGCCCAUGCCCCCUUUUGCCCUCCGCUCGCUGCGGGGGAAGAAGCGUGAACUUGAACGCUGCCUUCUCUGCGCAGAGCGAGUCCUGGCGAAGGCCAGCAAGUCUUAUCAGUCCGUCCCCGGUGCUCAGCUUUCGGACCGCUUCACGGAGGAGGAAGAGCUGGACCGGGUCUGUUUUGGGGUUCUGGACCCAACGGUGCCAAACGCACGACGCGAUGUCCAGGCGCAAACUUGGAAGCAGACCGCAGCACCUGAGCGCAAUUCAAGACACCACUGUUUUUGAGGAUGGCUCACACUCAUCAGGUGAUCCCCACAGUCAUGCUCCUCCGCCGAUGCACGCCCCUGACGAAGGUCGCGACCUCCUCACCUGUGGCCAGUGCAACAAGGCCUUCCCACUGGCCCACAUUCUGGCGUUCAUCCAGCACAAGCAGGGCGGCUGCGGCUCCAGAAGCCAAGCCACGGGCAUCAGCGCCACCCCACCCUCACCCGCCAGCCGAGCCAGGCACCAGCACACCGGCAAGAGUGGGCCGGGGCCCACCCUUGCCGGCUUCAUUGAGCUGCGGAGAGGAACAGCCAGGAACCAAGCCUGGGGGGAGGAGCUUGGCAUGAGUGUGAAGACAGAACCCGACAAAUCAGUGCCCGAGGAGCCCUUGUAUUUCAUCUGCCAGCAGUGUGAGGGUAUAUUUCCAUCUGCAUGGGCGCUCCUACAGCAUGCCCAGCACAUGCAUUCUUUCAGCAUCUACCAGGAGGAUGAGGAGGAAAACAUGGACAUGGGAGAAGACGGAAGAGGUUUUCAAGAUCUCGCCCCUGUUGCAGCGGUUCUGGACCCACGCCACCUGACCCAAACUCUGGCCUCUGCCUUUCAGCCGUCUGUUCUGCGUCGAUCCCGUCCCCCCACCUCGUCCUCCAGUAACUCGCAAGCUAUGAACUUUUCCGUGCGGCUGAAAGAGCUGGCUGAAGGCAGUAACACCAGCAGCAGCUCACCCAGAGGCCUUGUGCUGUCACCGUCCUCAUCUCCACCUGCAGCUUCUCCUUUUCCUCACACUGUGACCCUGCAGACCGACUUCCACUGUGAGCUGUGCAACCAGAACUUCCAGUCCCUGCGUGCCCUGUCUGCGCACCGUAGAACUCAUGCGUGCGAGAGGCCGUAUCACUGUGGAGUGUGUGGACAGGCCUUUGCACAAAGUGGUCAGCUGGCUCGUCACAUAAGGAGCCAUCACCGAGAGGCUGGAGGUGGAGGAAAUGUUUGUGAGUCGGCGGAGAUGGUCACGAUGGAGGAGGAUGCGGGGAGGCUAAGGGUAAGAGGGAGACUUCAAAUGCAGCCACCAGGGAUCCUUGGGAAGGGAGUGGUUGGAGAUUUAAGAGCACAAGCCUCCUCUGAGGUGGACUUGACCCUCUCUAAACAUCCAUCCGUGGCUUCCGGUUUAGCACUUUUGACCCCUCAGGGGAGAGCAGCAGACAGAGACCUGCUGAGACUCUACCAGCGGUCAGGAGAAGGGGGUGAGGAGGAAGUGGAAGGGCAGGGGGAGCCCCAGCUCUCCCCACCCUGCGCCAGCCCCUCCGAAGGCUCACUUGAGAGCGGAGAGACGGGAGGGAGCGGAGAGAGUGGCAUUGCUAGUGGCAACUGUACGCCCAAGCGUCCAGAUAUGGGCGAUAAGGCGCGCGGGGUUGGUGAGUGGGAAAACGAAAGAGGAGAGCUUGUUAGGAGGGAGAAAGAGUGGAGCUCUGUGCAAGUCAGUGAAGUUGUGCAGGAGUGGCAGAGGGACAAUGAGCGGAGGAGCGUAGCAGGAGGAGCAAAUACUGGAGGAAGCACCAACCCCAUGUCCGGUUCCACGGUCAAAAGGAAGAAAGAUGAGGCCUGCGAAUACUGCGGCAAACAGUUCAGGAACAGCAGCAACCUGACUGUUCAUAGACGCAGCCACACAGGUGAGCGGCCGUACCGCUGUGGCCUCUGCAACUACGCCUGCGCCCAGAGUUCAAAGUUAACGCGCCACAUGAAGACUCAUGGCGCGCAGGGAGCCAAGGCCUCCUUCUUGUGCCAGCUGUGCUCAGUGCCAUUCACUGUGUACGCGACCUUGGAGAAACAUCUGAAGAAAGUUCACGGUCUGAGCCAUGCCAGCGUGGGCACUUUCACACAAGCCAGCCCUGCAGACACUUUAGCAGCUCUCAGGGCCAGGGGGGAGGCGGCUGGGGUGAAAACGGAGGAGGAGGAGGAGACCAGUUUGGAUCGGAUAGACAUGGAUCCCAAGGUGCAAAGUCAUAGUGCAAGGGGCAUGGAGGUGGAGGAGGCUAAAACUCUGGAGGAUGUAGGUAGCCCAGCUCUAGGAGAGGGUCUCCCAUGUGAAAGCAGUGCAGAAACUUGCUUAGCCUUGACUUCAGCACUCUAAAAGGUUUUACACCGAAAACAAGCACUGUAUAGGACUCAACUUGCUCAUGCCAAUAAAAAAGCAAAGACAGUCAAGGUAAAGCAGAGUCUUAUCUAAAGAAGAAGCUGCAGCUCUGCAGCAGGUAACCCCAUCUUUACUGCCAGCACUUAGGCACACAGCAGCCAGCAAUUUACACGAAUAUAUGCAAAGCUGCGGAGUGAAACAGAGUUCCUACAGCUCUGCAGACCACAGAGAAAAACAAGGCCAUGACAUUCAACGGGGAGAUUACCAGAGCUCAUGAACAGGAAGUGAACCACCACAGUCCACACCGACGCAGGAAACUGAUCACCAUGUUGCAGCACAGGAUGUAAAAGAUGUCUCGAUUUUUGUGUCUGUUGACCCACCGGACAGGUGGAGACGGGUCGUAGAGUUUUAGUCGAAUUAUAGCGAUUUAAACAAAAGGCAGCUGUGGCAAUAGAAACAACGCUGAUCUACUCAGCACAGACGAAUGGAGAGAGGCCAUAUUGAUUCUGUUUUCUCUUGAGAACUUUUAAAGACUAAAGGGGUUUGAACGGACAAUCCGAACACUGCCUGCCUGCAGUUCCUCACACCCCUCUUUUACAAAGGACGCUCGCUCGUCUCGUUAACUGUCACUCACUGUUUACAGGACGAGGAUGGUUGCGCUCCUGACUUUGUGACAGUAGAUGAUUUCCUGUUUUUUUUUUUUGUUUUUUAUUUCUAAAUGUGAAUGCAAAGACUUUAAGUCUUGUCUACCACUGUUUUUGUAUCAGUUUCUAUGCAUAAAAAGCAUCAAUUUUACCUUCAUGUGAAAUGGGUUUGUACUAUUUUUUUUUAUUGUGAUGGUAAUUUCUUUCAUUGUUUACAUUUGUAAAUGGCCAGACUGCUCAAAGCUCUUGCAUGUGUUUUUUGCUGUCCUGUGGAUUUCUUAAGUCUUUGUUUGAAUUCUUCCUAACUUAUGGAUGCCGCAUGUCGAGGGGGCAAAUAAGGAAAAAAAAAGUCAGUUUCACUGCUGAACGACAGACAUGUUUUUACUGGACUUUUUGUGGGAGCAAGCACUCGGAUGAGUGAGAUGUUCAUAAAGUUUUUCUGUACAAACUGGGCUUGGGGCAUUUCUGCUGACCCCUCUGUCUCGUGUGCGACCCAGCAGGUCAUGGAUGUGCGUGUGGGGCUGCUGCUGGGUCAUCAUUUUUGACUCUGGGGGAAUUUAUUAGCACAAUUUAUGUUUGAGAAAGUUGACAAAAGUCUGUACAUCUUUCUCAUGACUACUGUAACGACUUCCAAAUUGAAUCUCUACAGCAUUUACGUGAAAAAAUAAUUAUUUUUGUUUGCUGCUUCAAAACCUGUUGUGAACAAAUGCAGUGUAACUGUUCAGGGAUGAAAUUUUGUACAUAGAUUCUUGAUGUUAUCUUUGUUGUUGUUUAUAAUGAUCAGCUUGUCCCUGUUACAUGCUCUUUGCUUUUCCACUAUUGCUGUUUUCUUUAUCACUCCUCACUGGCUAUUGUGAAACUAUGCCUUUGAUGUCUUUGUAAACCUGACACCGUUUUGUAAUUAACCUUGUCACAAGGUGCCUCAAUAAAGAAAUGAGGUAAAAUAUACC